UGAGCCCUCGGCCAGAAGACGCAGCCCUUGUCGCCUCCACGGCGUGGGGCGGGGCAGCUGAGCAGAGCCUGGGUCCCGGUCCCCUGAACGUAGACAAGGCAUUGCAGGGAGCGGAGUAAAGCGAGGCUGGAUAAGGCUCCGAGAAAAGUUUGGAUGAUAACAUUCCCUUCUACUCCAGCCUGUCUUUAAGCUCUCACAGGAAGGGGAGGAAUACAUUGCUGUUGCCCCUUUAAAAGCCCCGGCCUCCGUGGACUCUGCUUCUUCUGAGAAAUAAACUCCAAGGAAGACUGAGCAGUUGUUGCGUUUCUAAACCAUGGCCCGUGUGUCGGUGAUGUUCAGCGAUGUGGCCAUAGCCUUCUCGCAGGAGGAGUGGGAGUCCCUGGAUGUCCAACAGAGGAGUUUGUACAAGGACGUGAUGAUGGAGAACUACCACAACGUGGCCUCACUAGGCCGCUUCAUCUCUAAGCCAGAUGUGAUUUCCUUACUGGAGCAAGGGAAAGAGCCCUGGAGGGUUGUGAGGAAACGUCGCCGCCGCCGCCCAGAUUUGGAAACGAAGGAGGAGACCAACCGGCUGUUCUCAGACGACGGUGUUUAUGAAAUGAAUUUCUCCCGGUUGAAGGUCCUGGAGAGAACGGGGAGCGGUGGCCUGAAGAGCCUCCUGUUAAAAAAUGGGUGGGAGUCAAGAAGAAAGCAGGAAAGGCAAGAGAGCUCUGAGGAGGGACAUCUCAGUCCAGUGAGGCGCGCAUCCAAAAGCGUGUCCUCUUACGAAAAGCGCGGGUCGGCUACACGUCAGGGGGUCCAUUUGGUGGAGAAACCCUAUGAGUGCGGCGCUUGUGGGAAGGCCUUUAGGGUCCGCCAGCAGCUCACUCUUCACCACAGGAUCCACACGGGCGAGAAGCCCUGUGAGUGUAAGGAGUGCGGGAGGGCCUUCCGGCAGGCCGCACACCUCGCCAGGCACCAGAGGCUGCACGCUGCUGGAAAACUGCACGGCUGUAAGGAGUGCGGGCGAGCUUUCCUAUACGGCCCAGACCUCAGAGCACAUCAGAAGCUUCACACUGGCGAGAAGCCCUACGCAUGCGAAGACUGUGGGAAGGCCUUCAGGGUACGAGGACAGCUUAGGCUCCAUCAGAGGAUCCACACCGGGGAGAAGCCCUAUGUGUGCCAGGAGUGCGGGAGGGCCUUCAGGCAGUGUGCGCACCUCACUCGGCACCAGAAGCUCACCGUGGCCGGCAGGCUCUACCAGUGUAAAGAGUGCGGGAAAGACUUCCUGUGUGGCUCUGGCCUCAGAGCGCAUCACAAACUUCACACCAGUGAGAAGCCCUACGAGUGCAAGGACUGUGGGAAGGCGUUCAGAGUUCGGCAGCAGCUGACGCUGCAUCACAGGAUCCACACCGGGGAGAAGCCCUUCGAGUGCAGUGAGUGUGGGAGGGCCUUCAGUCGGGGCUACCAUCUUAUUCUCCAUCACAGGAUCCACACCGGGGAGAAGCCCUACGAGUGCAAGGAGUGCUGGAAGGCCUUCAGCCGCUACUCACAGCUUAUUUCCCAUCAGAGCGUCCAUAUUGGGGUUAAACCCUACGACUGCAAAGACUGCGGGAAAGCCUUCAGACUGCUCUCCCAGCUCACACAGCAUCGGAGUAUUCACGCCGGGGAGAAGCCCUACACGUGUGAGGACUGCGGGAAGUCUUUCAGAUUGCGUCAGAAACUGACUCUACACCAGAGCAUUCACACUGGUGAAAAGCCCUUCGAGUGCAAAGACUGUAGGAAGGCCUUUCGGCUCAAUUCUUCUCUCACCCAACACCUGAGAAUCCAUUCUGGGGAGAAACCCUACGAGUGUAAGGAGUGUAAGAAGACCUUUAGACAGCACUCACACCUCACCCAUCAUCUGAAGGUUCAUAGUGUCCAAGUGAUCCACACCGGCGAGAAACCAUACAAAUGCAAGGACUGUGGGCAGCCCUUCAGACAGCGGGCACACCUUAUCCGGCAUCACAAACUUCACACCGGUGAGAAGCCCUAUGAGUGUCAGGACUGUGGGAAGGCCUUCACAGUGCUCCAGGAACUCACACAGCACCAGCGGCUUCACACCGGCGAAAAGCCAUACAAAUGCAAGGAGUGCGGAAAGGCCUUCCGUGUGCAUCAGCAGCUGGCUCGGCACCAGAGGAUCCACACUGGGGAGAAACCCUAUGUGUGCAAGGACUGUGGGAAGACCUUCAGACAGUGCACACACCUCACCCGACACCAGAGACUUCACACCUCCGAGAAACUAUACGAAUGUAAGGAGUGCGGGAAGGCCUUCGUGUGUGGCCCGGACCUGCGAGUACAUCAGAAAAUCCACUUUGGCGAGAAGCCCUAUGCAUGUAAGGACUGUGGCAAGUCCUUCAGAAUAGGCCAACAGCUGACCGUCCAUCAGAGUAUUCACACUGGGGAGAAGCCCUAUGGCUGUCAGGACUGUGGGAAGGCCUUCAGACUGAGGCAGCAGCUUGUUCGCCAUCAGAGAAUCCAUACCCACGAGAGACCCUACGAGUGUCUGGAGUGCUGGAAGUCCUUCAGCAGUUACUCCCAGCUGAUCGCACAUCAGAGCAUUCAUGUCGGCCAGAGGCCCUAUGAGUGUGAAGAGUGCGGGAAGGCCUUCCGGCUGCUGUCGCAGCUCGCUCAGCACCAGAGCGUCCACACGGGCGAGAAGCCGUAUGAGUGCCAGGAGUGCAGAAAACCCUUCCGGCUACUGUCGCAGCUCACGCAGCACCGGAGCAUCCACACGGGAGAGAAGCCUUAUGAAUGCAAGGACUGUGGCAAGACUUUUAGACUUUAUUCAUUUCUUUCUCAGCACCAGAGGAUCCACACUGGUGAGAAGCCCUACAAAUGUAAGGAGUGCAAGAAGGCCUUCAGACAGCACUCACACCUCACCCAGCACCAGAAGAUCCACAGUGGAACCUGACAACUUCAGCUCUAUACCAAGUUGUAAGAUGUCAGGAUUCCAUUUUUAAGAAUAAUUUAUUUUGUGCUCGUAAGUAAGCAUAAAUAAGGACUGUGUUGCUUUAAAAGCCCACCAUCCUCACUUAAAUGUUACAUUUCUUCAGCAAAUUCCUGUGAAGGAAUAUUUGAUGAAUGUAGGGAAGUGUUUGCCUCACCCCUUGUCUUCUACAUCCGACCUCUCUCCUCCAGGGGACACUGGAGAAGCUCCAGGCAUCAAUACCUUGUUCUGCUCACUGUCAAAAUUGUGACAAUAGCACUUACACAUACUAUUUAUUAUACAACAAAUUAAUAUAAAAACAGUAGAUUAAAUAAUAUACUUGUAUCAUCUAAAAAUUUCUAUAGCUCAAGAGUCCAGUAUGCCUUAGAUGGGUCUUUGAGUUUCAGCUAAGAGCUGGCUCUCCUCUGAAAGCUUAACUGGAGGCUUCUACAUCGGAGGGAACAGGUUAGACACCUGAACUUAUUUCUUUAAGAGCUGAACCAUUGGGAUUCUCAGUUUCUGGAUGGCCACUGGCUGGAAGAUGAGUGAAGUACCCGGCCGCAUUGGCUGUCCCGCUGUGGCUGCUGCCCUAACAAGAUUGCACAAGCCAAGAAAGGGGGCUGCUAGCAGGGUGGAAGCCAUCCAGGCAGACCGAGGUGAUGAUCAGUGCAGUCUAA